CGCAUUCAUUAAGAAUGCUGGCUCGGCGCCCUGCCCGCACGGCCCAUCGCAAUGACCACUGCAAAGCUUCAAUACAACGACGACGCUUGCUAGUGCGCGCUAGCAUUGUGGGUGACAGCGCAGAAGGAUGCAGCACAAGCUACGAAAGGCGAGAUGCUAUGGAGGACCUCCAUCAUCGCCAUCGGACCUCGCGCCGAGGCGCGCUGCUAAGCACGGCACUCGGCGCCCUCAGCCUCGCGCUGCCGACGCCUCAGGCGACGGGAGCUGACCUCGCGGAGUACCUGAGCCGCGCAUUCCCACCACCGCCCGAGCCAGUCAUGUUUCCGCGCAACAAGCUGACUCAGCCGUUCGCUGUGCUGCUGAUGCGCUCGGCAUACGAGGCCGUAGAUGAUCUGGACUUCAUCGCUAUGAACGAUUUCCAGAAGCAGUUUUGGCGGCUCCGCGCCAGCGAGCAGGAGGCAUACAACCUUCAGUACGACCCGCUCAAACCCAAGAUUGGCGACAUCUCUGACUCGCUCUACUUUGACUUCAUCUCCUACUCGCAAUUUGCCACGAUCGCGCGGGAAAUGCCCAAGGGACUCCAGGUCUUCCGGGAGUACUGCGAGGAGGAGGAGAACAAGACGUGCCAGGACCGGUUCCGUGUGGUGCGGCGCGACGCCGCCAUCGCCGACAACAACGUCCUGCCUGGGCUGUUCUUCUCCAUGACCGGCGACCGGAUAUACACGGGCCUGAAGGACGGGUUCCGGAACACGCAGUUCGGCGCGCCGCAGCCGCUGCCGGCCAGCGCGUCGUUUACUCAAGUGACGGCCGACAUCCAGGCGCUGCUGGACGUGUGCGUGAAGAACGGAUACGCGCUCAAGGCCGAGGUGUCGGACGUGGACGAGGCGGCGCGCUCGUUCAAAGUCAAGAUCCUGGGGCCCGCAAACCUGUGGGGCCUGACCUCGCUCAACUACCGGCGGGCGGUGGUGACCAACUGCUACGACGCCAUGCUGAUUGACGCCUUCCUGCGCGCCAGCGGCCGCCCGGGCGCUCGCUAUGAGCUGAGCACCAACUCGUCCGGCAUCGAGGAGACCUGGGUGCUGGCCGCGUGAUGAGCGAGCGGGCGCAGGCGCGCACGAGGCAGGAGAGGGGAGGGCUACAGUAGGGCUGUGUGAAGUGCGGGUGUGAGCAGCGCCAGGGGGGGGUCCAGAUUUGGAAGUCUGGCUGUUUGGGGUGAGGAGCAGCGCUGUCUUGGGAGUGCGGUCGGGCGGGCAGAGUGACGGUUUCAUUGGUGUGGCUCUUGCUGUUGUUCAUGUGGGCGUGCGGCUUGAAGGCAGCUGGGGCGAGGGGAAGUAAACGUCGGAAACCACGGCCGGAAGCCACUGCCAAUGUGCGCUGGACUGGCCUGCAAGCUGCUGGAAGGCAAACAGGACAGGCACAAGGGAGAGAGGGUGAGUGCGCGGACGUACGGAACGACGCGCUAGUGAGCGGAGGAAGAUGAGAAUGCGGAGAAAUAGUGAUCCUGACGGUGUCCUGACUGCUGAUGCUGAAAUGGGUGGUUACUUCUCCCAGAGCAAUGUCCCGCUAGCAGAUACUCGUGCCAUCAGCGUCCGCGCUGAUUGUAACACGCCACGAGC